CCCACUUAUUGGAACCAGUGAGUUAGUUUGUAUUUAAUAUGUAUAAUUAUUUAUUUUCUUUAAUAAUAAUAUAAUUGUGUAGUAUAUUAAGUCUGUGAUUUAGCCUGUAUUCAUCUAGUGAGUUCUGUAUACCUAUAAGAGCAUGGAAGAUCUGCUGGUUACCAAAAGUUGUAAAUAUUGCAACCAAAACCUAGUGCCCUGUAUGGACGAGGGGCUUCAAUGCAGUGCCUGUCAGCAAAGCGUUCAUGCUCGAUGUAUCAAAAGGGGCUCCGUUCCAGGCGGACUGGCGGGCGACCUAUUUUUCACAUACACAUGCCAAGAGUGUUCGGACACGAGCACCGAGAAAUUUGAGCGGGAGUCCAUUUCCUGGUUGCAGGCCAUUGUGCUGUCGCUUUAUCACCUGCAGGUAAAAAGUGGAGGACUAGCCAGAAACGGCUUUUUUCAUUGGCGACAUCACAUAGUGUCUUUUAUAGACCGGAAUUGGAAUAUCCUGUUUCCCAAUGAGAAGCAAAGGCGUAAGAGAUGGGUUGGGACGGUCUCCGGCCGCCUCUCUCACUACAGUUGCUACUUUUUUCUAUCUGGGAGUAAAACGGUCUUCAACAAGCCCGCUUGGUGGACUUUGAUGUAUCCCAAGAUCACUCCGUUGGUUAUUGCCAGUAUUUACAACGUUUUAAACAUUGAAAAGCAACGUUCGAAACUAAAGAAUGAAAAAAGACUGAUUUCUGAUCAAGAACAGUUCAAGGCGUUGUUAGUUCAGUACAUUCACGAUGCAAAUUUGACUGAAACCGUUGAUCUAUCAAGCAACGACAAUAUUCAAUUUGAAAAUAUUGCGUCAGUGGAAGCGGAUUUGGAGAAAAAAAAGUCAAAGGCACUGAAGAGGAAAAACAUUCUGCCGGAUUACUCCCAAGAUUCCAAAAAGCUUAUUAAACUCGCCAAAAAAAGUUCAUCGCUUACAUUCAAAGAAGAGCCAACACUUGCAAGCCAUACGUUUCCACAAGUGACCAAACCUCAGCCCGAAGAUGUGAAACUUAAAGAGCCUGUAAGACUGCUAGAUCCCAUGUGCCAUUACAACACCUCAUUGAAUAACGUCGCUCGAAUGAAGGGGUUGAAACUGACCGUAAAACUCACGGGAGGAGUGAGGAAGGAAAUGAUUUUAUCGCCCUACAGCGGCAUUUACUUAAAGCCCUUUAUCCGUAGGGAUAAGGAAACAUUUCCUCAUUGGCUAAAAAUAUUAGCUGAACUUCAAAUCGUGGCAAACAAAAACAAUCCAGAAUUCGUCCUCCCGCCUCGCGCUUGUCUGGACUAUACUUAUGUGCAGCCGGAACUCAUUCCCGCCAUCAACAGUCUUUGCAAUCAAUUUUUUUGGCCCGGAAUAGACAUGACUGAUUCUCUGCAAUGUCCGGACUAUAGUUGUGUGGUUUUAUACAAGCGUCUCGUCGUAGGGUUCGCAUUUUUAGUUCCCGAUGUGAAACACACAGAAAACUAUAUAUCUUUUGUCUUUACAAGACCCGGAUGGAGAAACUGCGGAAUUGGCAAAUUUAUGAUCUACCACCUGAUACAGACCAGCUUAGGAAAGGACAUAACCCUGCACGUGUCCAUAACCAAUCCAGCGCUAUUUCUCUACCAGAAGUUCGGCUUUAAAGUUGAAAAUGUGAUUUUGGAUUUCUAUGAUAAAUAUUUCAGGGACGAUGUGAAGGAUACAAAGCAUGCGUUUUUGUGCCGAUUGGAGCGGUAGUUUUACAUAAAAUAAUUCAACUAUU